GGCGCCUGAAGCUCAACGGGCGCGAGAACCAGGAUAUCCGGUUCUUGAUCCACAGCUGCCAGCGGUCAAUUGUCGCCAUUGGAGAAUGCUCGCGACCGCUGUUGGAUGAGAUACUCCCUCUCGCGUCCGAACAUCCGUCCAUCCUCUCUGCGUUGCUUGCAUAUUCCGCUCGCCUUCGCGUCUCAUCUGGGGAUGGGAGCGUAGCACGCACAGAAGGCUCCAAGAGGAAUGCGCUCGACCGCCACCAGGAGACAAUCACCAAGGUGCAGUCAAUUUUGUCUCGGCUCCAGUCGGGAAAUCCAGUCAAUGAUGGGGAUGUCAUGGAGGUGUUAGCUUCAUGUCUCCUGCUGACGCUGUUUGGAUUGCCCGAGCAAGUCCACAACUGGUCAGUGCAUGUAACUGGAAUGAUUGCCCUCAUUGAAUCACUUGACGCGGAGGUUCUUCGAUCGGUGCCGUCGGUGCGAUAUCUCCAGGCAGUAGCGGCGCAUCUGGACAUCUCAGCCUUUUCUCUGAACAGGCCCGAGGCCAGCCAACACAAAUGGCUGGCUUGGGGAAUCUGUCCUUGGCGAGGCAAUACUGCAACAAUAGACGAGUCUACGGAGUUUACAACAUUUGAAAUUUCGUCCGGUUACCCAGAGUCAUUAGUGACCGUGGUCGCUCUCAUUUCCGCUGUAAUUGAAGGCCAGAUCGACGAUUAUGUCGCCGCAUAUAUAAACGACAUACAUCAAGAAAUACAUCAGACUCAAGAACAAAGGCUAGCCGAGUAUGGCUCCCCACAGCAGACGGAAUUCUACUGGACAUUGCGAAUGCAUGCGAUCAUUGCCGGAUGGGAACCUCCAAUGGUGCCGCCUCGCAUAUCAAGCACACUGUCUCUGGCAUUGACCACGGCCUGGGAAAUUAUUCGAAAAGCAGCACAUAUUUACCUCUCUCGCGGCGGGUUCGCAACCAGUAUUUACAUCCCCAUAGCUCCUCAGCGACAGCGACUUAAUCAAAGAUAUGUCCGCGAGAUGAUUGUCGGACUUCAGUCGCUGAUCGCACUAGCCGAAGAACAGGAAAUUACAAUCGCGAACGCCAUGAUUUGGCCGAUGACCGUGAUCGGGAACGAGGUUUGCAAUGACUACGCGCUGCAAGCGGAGCUGGUGAGUAUGUUUGAGCGCUUGCACCGCUACUUCCGCAUCGCGCACCUCAUACAGGUCCUCGACCUAUUCAAAGAGUUGUGGCAGCGGUUUACCAUGUCUAAUGCUAUGCUAGCAUCACCACAGUCUCCAAGGGAGCUAAGCCUGCAACUUCUGGCUGCCGAGAAGAACCUUUCAGUUCCACUGUUCUAAUUUUGGAUGGGAGAUGUUUGGUCACCGGAUCAGAAUACUCAAGUCGAAGUACCCAUUGCGGCAGAUGCGCGUAUUCGGCGCACACAAGUCCCCAAUCAGGCGCUGAAGCUCGUCCCGAAUCUCUGAUGGCUCCUGCCAGAGCUCGUCUCCCGGACUGACCGGGUACUGCCACGCCCUCACAGCCUCAUCCCUUUGCAGGGGGGUAAUUCCAGUCCCUGUGCCGCACCACCGGUAGUGCAUCAGCUGCUGCGUGGAUAUGAUUCUUGCAUCCGUGUUGCGGAAUGCAGCCCGCGACAGACAGGUCGAGAGCAACAUGCGAAUCUCCCCAAUGAUUGGUAUAUCAUACCGUUUGCAAUGGAGUUCGACCGCGGAUAACAGGUUGUGAUGGUGGUCGCUUGAUCGGACGAGCUUUGCAGGCACACCGUUCUCGAAGAGGGCGUGAUUGCCGUUAUCAGAAAAGAAUUGACGAAGAGCUAUUGCAUGAAUCGUGCUGGAUUGGAGGAGGAAGACUAUAGUAGCAGGCGAGAGGCUUUCCAAGUACGGAUCCAGAGAGAGGACGGUGGGUAGAACCUGAGAAGUUAGUUUGUAGAUUCGACUCCGGCACAACAGAACAUACGUCUCCGAGGAGGAAGGAGUGUUCAAGUAGGUAGCUAAAACGGUCGGCCUUCUGAUAAACAGGGUUCAUAAUCAGAUCAACCAAGUCCCGAGUCC